AUGGGUCUCUAUGCUGAAUGGCCACUGAUUGAAUUCUUUCCAUUAAAUAGUGCUCAGUCAUCUUUAUCGAUUUUUUCGAAAAAGACAGGUGAUAGUGUAGCGGAGUUAUUGCUACACGAAAUCGGAGAGGAUUUAAAUGGACAAAUAUGCCUUGAAAUUGAUACUGAAGAACAAUUGUCAUGGGUUCUACAGAUAGUAUCUUAUGCCCUAACGUUGUCUCAUUCUACAAACAAAGAACACGAAGCAUUGUGUGUUGCAGUUCGUGCUUACUGCACAUGGUUGGAGGCACUAUCGAAAGGUAUAGUAGCACAUCUUCCCGGCCCAAUGAAGCGCGAUCCUAGAAAUUAUAUAUGCAUCCUUCUGGAUUCACUGCGAACGCUUUUCGUUCGGAAAAGUAGCGGAUCGGAAACGGUAGUGACCGCAACACGGCAAGCACACGAAAUGGAGAAUGUUCUGCGAACAAUGGUCCAGAGUUUACUGAAUUAUGAUGGAAAACACAACGAUAUAAUCUGGCCAGCGGUUUUGAAGUUCUUACUCAAUGCUACCGAUUUACUACUUUCAGGACAAACGUGUGUGGAUGAUGUCACGUUCCUAAUGGCCCCUAAAAUCACAAAAACUCUUUUGGAUAUAUUUUUGUGUGCCGCUCGUCUUGAACAAAUACCAUCACCGACAUACUGGAAAACACUUUCUUUCCUGAGCAAACGUUGGCGGCAUCAGGUGAGCUUCAUCGAGAAUUGGGCAAGGAAAGUGGUUUCAUUAUCCGUAAUCAUUGUUCAGGAGAUAUAUGGUGAAAACUACUGCCCAAUCACCAUAAUGGAUGAACAAGUGAAAUUAUUUGCGGCUAAUAGCAAGAAGACUACGGAAAAUAGUGACACUUUGCCCGUGUUAUAUGUUUGUUGGUUUCAACUAAUGCAUAUGAUUGGUAAUCCAGCAUCAAUAAUUUCCUUUGAACCUCGCACUUCCGGAACUCUACCACCAAAUAUUCUCAAUGCUAUGAUGAUAACUGGUGGUGCAAUGAGCAGUGAUGGAAAUCCAUUGAUUGGGAAAUUCGAUGAAGAACUGACGGAGUUCACUGUUAAUAACUUAAGACGGUGUUUUUUCAUGGCAUCUGCUGCCGUGACGAAGUUGGUCGAUAUAUUUUAUGGAGAUAGUCGUGUGGCUAUAGAUUUUCGCGAAUCCGAUGAUUUAAUGAGACUUUGGUCUGAUUUGAAUCGCUCUGCAUAUGAGGAUUGGUUAAGACAUCAACAGGUACUUCCUCGAAGUUCGAGUAAUUCUACAGCUAUAGCUGGAGAUAACGCAACGUUGACAGCAGCUCACUCUGCUAUGGUGAUGAGCGGAGGAAGCGGUGGUGGUUCGAAAAAUACUCUUAGCAUUCCUGGUGUCUCAAAAAGUCGUGCAACUUCUGAACGCUCAUUAGCCAUAAGUAUACCAGUAUCCUCACCUGCUGCAAGUUUUAUUGAAGAGAUGUCACUAGAAGUUCCUAAACCUAAUUCAGCUCAAUUUGUUUGGCAUUAUUUGCAAUGUAACAAGGUUUACAAGCCAUACCAUGGUGAACGUCAACCGAAAGUGGCCCGGAUGUUAGAUACUUUUAUGGACUGGCUUGUACAGUCUUCGCUCGUGAAACCUCUUCGAUCUGCAUCAGAUGAUGCAGUCAAUCAACACUUGAUGAGUUCCACUGGUGCUGAAGAGACGCCUUAUUUGGAUGAGCGGAUGGCAGCUACAAACAGUACUGAAAAAAGUGGCGGAAGUGCCUUCGGUGUUGUUGCAUCAGUGAAUGAGUCGGCAGUUUCUCGGCGGUCAUUUGCCCAUUCGAUGACGUCAUCUGGCGAUGCUUAUUCGAGGUUAUCGCACUCAACUGAAUGGCCCGAAGUGGAUGGAGUGUCAGCGGGUCGAGCUGCUGCUCUUGGAGCCCUUUGUCGCAUUAUAUGUUCCAAGAAAAGUAAAGAAAUCAUAACAGAUUCGCAGCUGGCUCAAUUCUACAAAGUUAUUUACGAGGCGUUACUGGAGAAGGAUCGGUUGAUGCUUUGUGCGCUUAUUUAUUUUGGCGGUGGUAUUUUUCGUCUAGCUUUAAAAAGCGUUGAAAUACUUUUACCACAGUUCGUUCAAGCACUCGAAAUGGUCUACACGGAGUCUAUGAAGUUGAGGCUUCAUCCAUCUAUAGAAGAAAUUCAAAUGCGUCGUGCCUGUUUGAAUGCCUUGUCAUCUGUCAUCAGUUGGCCUACAACGUUUGGAAAUAUGCUCAUUAGUGAUUUAUCAAGCCCACAUUCUAGCGAGAACUCAUUCACAUACAUCGAAGUUCGUCCUCGGAUGCAUCGUAUCCUUAUCAUUGCGCUUUGUAAUGAAAUUGACCCCAUGAAUCUCUUCCUCGCUUUGACUCUGUGUACAAUAUUGUGUGAGGAAAGUUGUUUGUAUGACUUACACAUAAGGGAGGAAAAAAAUGUCGAGAAGAGAAAGAGUGAACGGAAAAAUGUUGGAUAUUCUGAUGAAGAAUGUUGUGCAUCGAUAGUGCGUUCGAUAGUGAGUGCAGUAUGCGACAAUUUGUGCAAACCUCAGUGGUCAUCCGAAUUAUCAGUGUGUCUAGCGGCAUUGGAUUUUCUGAAUGCCCUUUCCGCUAUGCAUCAAUCGGUUUUGUUCUGUGAAAAUGAUUUGUCGACAGGUUUUCUGAUAGUUACUUCGCUUUGUCGGUUUAUUGACAUACAACUAAUGAAACCUCCACCUUUGCAUUCUAAAGAUUUACAUUCCUCGGUCGUGGCAGCAUAUUUUUCACUAUCUGUUUGGUUAUGCGCAGCACCGCUGUUGUUGGAGACAGAAUCUUGUUUGACAACUGUUGCUGAAACUAUCGAAUUUGGCUUGACGGGGGGAAAAGAUCUUCCUCCAUUGGAACGGAAAGCAGCAAGUAAACGAGUAGAUGAUGCUGCUGAAAGUUUGUUAUAUAUGAUAUUCUCAGCUUUGGCUCAUGACAAACAGGAUGAUAUCAUGGAUGAAAAGAAGUUGUUAUAUAAAUUUGAUAAUCAGACGAUUGAUAUCACUAAAUUCCGAUACUUUCUCGUCCGACAGCAAACUCUGCUUUCAGUUCACGAAGCUACCGAAUCUAAAGGAUUUCCAUCUGUUUUUCUGGUAUUACGCACUCCUUAUCAUGCUGCCUAUACAUUGCUGGUACAACUCCAGUCAUGGUUUGCAGCUGGGAAAAAUGCAGUCACUGAUAACGACAAAAAAAGUGAACAUCCUCAGAAUAGUGUUGAAAUUUCUAUGGAUCCCAAAAGUACUGUCAGAUUUUUCCGCAUACCAUCCGAAUUCGAAAAAUCACACUGUAAACUAGACUCCGUAAUUCCACCGCUGCAACCAACACCAGAUACAGAUCGUGUCAUUGCUGAAUUGAUUGAUAUUCGAAAAAGAAUGUCUCAUGGUGAAAGUUGGCUGCGUUCCUCGGACGAUCGCAAUGUCUGGCUUCGUGAACCACUUUCAGAGGAACUAUCUAAAUUUGCUCAACCUAGAGAGCCAUCAAACAACUGCAAUGCGGGCCGAAUACUUCUCUAUGAUCUUGGCUUAAUUUCAGAAGAAAGUUACAAAUCUGGUGAUAUAUUGCUCCUGGACUCUUCGAACCUUGAUUUUUACCGUGAUUUACAUCAAAUGGUCGAUCGUUCACCGACAAAGUUACUGCAGGCUGUCCGCUUAUUUUAUGUUCGUGACGGUCAACAUAGCGCCAAAGAUAUCCUUGCUAAUGCGAUGAAUCUGCAAAAUACAAGCAACUUAUUCUGUGGUUUGUUAGCGGAAUUAGGUGAAGGUGUUGAAGUGGAAACGCAUCCUCACUGGACCGGUGAUUGGGCUACUGCCUUCUCCGCUGAACGCAAACCAAAAGAAGCAGAAAAGAAUUUGGAUAACUAUAUCAUUGAUGGUUUUACUCAUUGCUUGUGGUGGACCGAUUCACACAUUGAAAUAGCCUUCACAACACCAACAGAACGUGUCCGGAAGCAACAAGCACCUGCUGCUGAUUGUGAUUUACUUGCCAACUGUGAUACAAAUAUUUCCAUUAUUAAUUCCGAUGAACACAUCCCGGAUCACGCUGCUGGAAUGUUACAACGAGAUUUUGGUGGUCGAGCAUUAAGUCACUCAUCCAGUGAUGAACGGUCAGCUGGACAAACCAGUGGUAAUAGUAGCGGACGGUCAAAUAAACUGCUGGUAGAAACACUUUUGCCAUCACGCAAAAAAAGUUGUUCAGGUGUUGAUACAGGAAGUGAAACAAAAGAAGAUAGUUCGGAAAGGAUUACGUUCGUCAAGCGCAAUUCGGAUCAGCGUGUUUAUGUGGUUUUUUUGGAAAGGAUUGAAGACAUGCAGUAUUUCCCAUAUGAGGAAAUGUCCCCCAUGACAAUGGAUAAUUCCUUGUGCAGUGAUAAGAAUAAUGCAAGACCAGAUCUAAUUAUGAUUUUCGUUUCGGAGGUGGAAAAUGACCUUGUUCGAAUUAAUAUAAUUGGUGAUUGGACGAAAUGUGGUUUGCCAGGACCAUUGGUUGAUGGUUGUUUAGUUUCCAGCAGUGCCUUGCCAACCCUUCUGAAACAUACAAUUAUUAGUAUUGCUCGACGAAGAACCGUAGAACUCGAAAAUUAUCAGUUGGUAGCUUCAAAACGUCGACGUGCAAUUCAGGAAUUCGCCCGGAAGUAUGCAGUGAAGAAGUCGUACUGUGAUUUUGUCGAAUUCUUACUGAACGAGUGA